AUGACGGGGGAAGAGCUGUUUGUCGAAGACGAUCAAGGCAAGACCCCCAUCGAGAUGGAGUCCGUCGUUGCCCAGGUCGGGAGCGAGGUCGUGGUCAAAUUUGGGAAGGGGAUCGAGUGAGUCCUUGGCACGAGGAAAGUGAAGGUUUCUUUGUCUACCCAUGGCUGACCGAUAUUUCUUGCUUCUCUGCAGUACCGAUACGCUCAAGUACAUCAUUCGCGAGCAGUUGGAUCAAGGUGGUCGAGGCGCUUUCUUAGCCGCAUGCUCGGACGCCGAGAGCAAAUACACUGCUUGA